AAUACCUUAAUCCGCUCCUGUUAAUUGUACGUGAGUGACGCAGAUAUUCACACUUGUAUUGAUUAAACGUUUUUAUACGCUUAAUAUCAAUUUGACAAUGUAAUUUGUACACGAAAUUUAUGCACACUGCUGCAACUUACGUAGUUUUCAAUUUCUUUAUGGUUUUUCAUUGAAUAAAUAUUUAUUUAUCGUUAAGUGGCGUUCUAGAAGAUUCGUCAAUUAAUAAAGGUGGCGCCACACGGCGCGUAAUUUGAAAAUCUGCGAUAGCAUGACGAAUAUACGUGCCUACCCAUCCCACUUUCCGCAUUUUUAAAAAUAUGUUGUGGUAUAUGUUGUUGAUAUGUUGCUCCUUAUCAGUUCACCUACGACAGGGACUUUGUGAUGUACAUACGAAUACUGUAAAAACCGGCCCCAAGGCCAAAAAGGUUUCAGACCCUAACAUACCGAACUGGCCUAAAAAGCGACCGCUUUGGACUAAAGCACGCUUAAAUUUCCUGUUGCAAGAAGCAGAAGAUGUGCACGAAGAACAUACUACUCUUGAUAGUAUCAUCAAAUCGAGCGCACAAUUUCCAAUCGCCUUUCCUAUUGACAGCGUACGCAGUAAAACCCUUUCCAGUGAGAUACCGAAGCAGUCAUUAGAAAAAUACAUAAAUUCUGUGUACCCGGUAAUUCACGAGAAUGUGCUGCCUUUACUUUCGUCAUUUUUACAACACAAACAAACAUUUGGAAACGCGCGUGAACGAAAGCUUUACCAGAAUAUGACUGUGGUAGCUCUAGUGGACCGAUUACUAGCAAAUCGGGCGGUAGCUUUUCUAAACCAGGCCGAUGAUUAUUUGCUAAUGGAUGGCACCAGGGGAGCCGGUAAUUGGGAAACAAUUGGCACCGAAAAUGAGACCAACAUACUAAAUUUGGAUAAGUACAUAAGCUACGAUGAAAUUAAGCUAUCCGCCCUUUUAUCAGUGUCGUCGUACACUCACUUCGUUAAUAAUGGAAAUCGCUAUAAUGAAGGUGUAGUGAAUAAAACAAACGUUGAAUACGAUGGCGUAAUAAUUGGACUCAUAGGUGCUCGCUUUGAGAAGUCAAAUGUGAUGGAGUACGCCGAAGUUUUAGUUACCGCCGAUCAAAAUACAUACAAAAACGGGUAUGGAAAUCAACUUCCUCCCACGUUGCGAGCAAUUUUCUCGGACUUUUAUGAGGAACCUUGUUUUAUCUACGAGAAAGCUAUCGAAUUUAACGCAAGCUUUCCUGGUCGUUUCAAACCAUUGUCCAAUGGCACUUUGUUCGAUGAUCAAGUUUAUUCUAAGCGAUUGGCGCUAUCGAUUGAUACUUUACUGUUUGAGGCAAAUGAGAGAGCAAAAAUGCAAAGGACGACAGCUUUCGUACACGUUGUUGGUCUUGGACUAGGCGUGUGGAAAAUCUCACCUCAUCAACAGUCGUUGUUUUUAGAUACGUUUGCUACGAGAAUCAUCGGACUGGGAAACCAUCUACACGCAAUAUCCGACAUCGUUUUCGCGUACUUUGGCUCAAAUAUGACAUGUGGCGGUUACCAAAGUGGUGACACCAUCCCCAUACCUGGACACCCAAAAUCGGGCAUAAAAAUAAUCUUAAACAAGCGAGAACCACACACCAAGCUUGCAGAUGACGACAUGGGUAAACUUUUGGUGGUUUCUUAUGCGUGGGACGGUAACGCGUAUCCUGGGAACGAAUUCUGGCUUGGUUCGCUUUCCGCGUCGGGAGAUCCCGCAGCUGCCUCGUCUACCCAAAUAGCGGAGCUGCACAAUCCCCGUAUCAAUGAUAAAGUUGCUGGAAAACAUCUACGGAUUGCCGGAACUUUUGGCAUUUUACCGUUUUCUAAGUACCGUACUGUGGCAAUACUAGCUAAACCUCGUCUAGCCAAUCUAAAGUCAGAUAUGACCCAGGUUUAAAUUUGUGUGAUUAAUUCAUUAUUCGGAUAACGGAUGAUGUUAAUCCGUUAUAACAGAACAUGAACUUUGUCAAUUAAAAAAUUGAAAUAUAGUAUAUUUACUCUUA